AGGUAGUUUUGUUAUAGAGUCAAUAUGGCCGACUUAUAAGAUAAUAUUUUGUUGUUUUACUCUGCUAGAUCAUUAGGAAGCCUGGCUUUGCCAUAUUAAUGCAGCCAUGCCACCGACUGUACAAUCAGCAUCCAAGGAAAGGGAACGAAAACGAGGUGGAGAAAAGAGGUCUGAGCUUGUUUGUUCAGUAAAAUACAACAACACACUUCCAGAUAUACCCUUUGAUCCAAAGUUUAUCACAUAUCCAUUUGACUCAACCAGGUUUAUUCAGUACAAUCCCACAUCUCUGGAGAAAUCGUUCAAGUAUGAUUUGUUAACAGAACAUGACCUGGGUGUCACUAUAGAUCUAAUCAACCCUGAAACAUACAAGAUCAACCCAAAUGCUUACCUUGAGCCUGAAGAUGAAAGACUCCUGGAUGAGGACUCCACUUCAUUUGGAGAUCAGAAAAGAUCUAGACAUAAUAAAAUGAAUGUAUCAUGGUUGAGGAAAACCGAGUACAUUUCUACAGAGUACAACAGAUUUACACAGAAAGCAGACAAAUCAGAAACCAAGGUUGGGUACAAUAUAAAGAAAGGUAUCACAGAAGAUUUUUUCUACAAAGAUAAAGACAGUCAGAUUGCAGCUAUAGAGAAAACAUUCGAUAAAACAAAAGAACCAAUCACAAAACAUUACAGCAAGCCAGGUGUGGAACCUGUAGAGGUGCUGCCAUUUUAUCCUGACUUUGAGUUAUGGAAACAUCCAUUUGCCCAAGUAAUAUUUGAUUCAGACCCAGCACCUAAAGGAAGGUCUGGUCCUGCACUUAUGGAGGAAAUGUCUCAAGCUAUGAUCAGAGGAGCUGUAGAUGAGAGUGGUGAGCAUUUUGUGGCCUACUUCUUGCCAACUGGAGAAACACUGUCUAAGAGAAAGAGGGACGAGGAGGAACAAGAAGAUUUUGUUGAAGAUGAAGAGUAUGAUUACACAUUAGCCAGGGAGUAUAACUGGAAUGUCAAGAAUAAAUUGUCCAGAGGAUAUGAGGAGACCUACUUUAUGGUGUUUAGAGAGGACGGGUGUUUCUACAACGAUCUUGAAACAAGGGUACGGCUAAGUAAGAGAAGAAAAACAGCUGGAUCUACUGUAGCAAAGUCUAGACUGUGUGUUAAACAUAGAACUCUCAAUGAGAAGGAGUUACGUGCACAGGAUCUACGCAUGAUGAUGCUGGAACCAGCUCAGGACGAGGAGGAAGAAGAAGAAGAAGAGGAAGAAUUCUUACAAAAUGCAAAUAAUAAUGAGGAGUUCAUGAGUCCAAAGAGUGAUGAUGAAGGACGUAGAUCGAGGUCAAGGUCAAGAUCUAGUUCCAGGUCAAGGUCAGGUUCAAGAGGAAGAAGUGGAUCUAGAAGUCGUAGCAGGAGUGGAAGUAGAAGUAAAUCACGAAGUAGAAGCAGAAGUAGAAGUCGCAGCAGAAGUGGCAGUAGGAGCAAAAGUAGGUCAAGGUCAAGAUCAAUGUCAAGAAGCAGAAGUCGUAGCAGAAGUGGAAGUCGUAGUGGAAGUGGUAGAAGUCGUAGUAGGAGUCGUAGUGGGAGUAGAAGUCCAUCAAAAUCAAGGUCACGAAGCAGAAGUGGAAGUAGAGGAAGGUCAGCAAGUAGGUCAAAAUCAAGGUCAAGGUCUAGAAGUGCUAGCAGAAGUGGAAGUGAGAGUGAAGCAGAAGACAGAGGAAAGAAAGAUGAAGAAGAGAUCUUUGGCUCUGCUAGUGAUUCAGAUAGUGACUGAAGUGAAUGAAGUAACUAUGGUUACUGGGCUGUGCAAAAAGUUUUGGAAUACUUUAAAAUAUCAUGAAUGACUGAGAUGUUGAUUCUCAUGCCUCCUAAUGACUGCAGAAAAUGUUAACUUUGCAGAAACAUUCAAUUUUAGAACUCCUGAAAAUGAAGUCAGAAAGAUUGCACUUCUCUAUGCUGUUUGAAUUUCUCUGAUUGGAUAUUUUAAAAUCUUGAUUCCAAAGUGAUGUUGUACAUUAUACUUGUAUCUAUAUAUUUGUUUGGAUGAAGUACCAAUAAGUUACCUGUACUUUCAAUAUAAAUUCUGAAAGACAUACUGACAAAUAAAAGAUGUUGAUAUUAGAUUAAGUUGCAUUUUAUUUACAAAUAUACGUGUAUAAGUAAAUGAUUAAAUACGAAUGUGUUUCAUUUGUCAUUUCAAUAGUAUGGAUAUACCUAUACUUUCAUAAAGAAUACUUUAUUGAUUUGAAAACUAAUCAAGUCUUAAACUCAUUUGCAACAAUAAAAUUGAAAUAUGUUGAACUUUUAAAGAACUUGUAUUUUUUUAUAUUUUGAUGCUGAAUAAUCUCACCAAUUCAGAAAUAAACAAUUAAAUUGA